CUCACUGUGCUGCUGCAUUGAACAGAAAACAACCGGACAGUACGCAGUUUUACCGAAACACAGCUCAUGACACUUUCAUAGAAAAACGAACCUGGGUGACAAAAAUGGAGAAACCUCCCUUCAGGCAGAACCAGAACUGCGGAGACUGGGAGCUGAAAGAGAGGCUGGGAAUGGGCGGUUUUGCCCAUGUUUACCUGUACCAACAUCAUGAAACAAAUGAAAAACUAGCUGUAAAAAUGUGCCGUCUGGAGCUCACACCAAGGAACAAGGACAGAUGGAGCAGAGAAAUCCAGAUCAUGAAAAAGCUGAAUCACAUCAAUGUCGUGACAGCCCGAGAUGUCCCAGAGGAAAUGAGGCACAUAGCCUUAAAUGAUCUUCCACUGUUGGCCAUGGAGUACUGCUCCAGGGGAGACCUGAGGAAGUUGCUGAGCAAACCUGAAAACUGCUGUGGGUUGAAAGAGAGUGAAGUGCUUUCAUUACUCAAUGAUGUUGGAUCUGGUAUCCAAUAUCUGCACGAAAACAAGAUCAUACACAGAGACCUUAAACCUGAAAACAUAGUGCUACAAGAUAUCAACGGAAAGCUGGUUCACAAAAUCAUUGACUUGGGCUACGCUAAAGACCUGGACCAGGGCAGUCUGUGUACCUCCUUCGUUGGCACACUUCAGUACCUGGCACCUGAACUUUUUGAGAAUAAGCCGUACACUGUAACUGUGGACUUCUGGAGCUUUGGCACCAUGGUAUUUGAAUGCAGUUGUGGCUUCCGCCCAUUCCUGCACAACCUGCAACCUGUGCAGUGGGCCAGCAAAGUGAGGAAUAAAGGCCCAAAGGACAUCAUGGCUGUAGAGGAACCUAACGGGGAAGUCCGCUUCUCCACACACCUCCCCUACCCCAACAAUCUGAGCAGCACACUGCUGGAGCCGAUGGAAUCCCUGCUGCAGCUCAUGUUAAAGUGGGAUCCUGUCCAUAGAGGAGGCAAACUCAACCCUGACAACAGGCUUCCAUCCUGCUUUGAUGUGCUGGAGCAGAUCCUGAGUAUGAAGGUUGUCCACAUCCUGAACAUGACCACGGCUCAGGUCCACUCUUUCCAGCUGACUCCAGAGGAAAGUCUCCACAGUCUGCAGAUGCGCAUUGAGGCCGAGACAAAGAUCGAAGUGGUGAGCCAGGAACUGCUGCAGGAGACCGGAGUGUCCCUGGAUCCCAGGAAGCCUGCUGCACAGUGUGUCCUGGAUGGAGUGAGAGGCUGGGAUAGCUACAUCGUCUACCUGUUCGACAAGAGCAUCACCAAGUACUCCGGGCCCCUUAGCGCCAGACAACUGCCGGAUAAAGUCAACACUAUAGUGCAAGAGGCAAAGACCCAGCUGCCUCUGGUGGUAUUGAAGAAGGUUUGGGGGGAAGCAGUGAGCUACAUCUGUGGGCUGAAGGAUGACUACAGCAGGCUUUUCCAAGGACAGAGGGCUGCCAUGCUGAGUCUCCUUCGCUACAACACCAACCUGACCCGGUGUAAGAACAGCAUGUUCGGCUUCUCCCAGCAGCUGAAGGCCAAGCUGGACUUCUUCAAGAGCAGCAUCCAGUACGACCUGGAGAAAUACAGCGAUCAGAUGCACUAUGGCAUAUCUUCUGAAAAAAUGCUGAAGGCCUGGCAGGAGAACGAGGAACGAGCUGCUGCUUUUGCACAGGUGGCGGAGGUGAGCCAUCUGGACGAUGAGAUCAUGGCUCUGCACUCUGAGAUAGUGGAGCUUCAGAGGAGCCCGUACGCUCGGCGCCAAGGAGACAAGAUGGAGCAGCUAGAAGAUAAGGCGAUUGAGCUCUACAAGCAAAUGAAGAUGAAAUGCAAAAUACCGGAGACAGAUGUGAGCAGCGACAGCUCUGAGAUGGUGAAGGCCAUCAUCCAGACGGUGCAGAACCAAGACAAGGUCCUCAAAGAUCUGUACACACACCUCAGUAAGAUCCUGAUCAGCAAACAGAAGAUCAUCGACUUGUUUCCACGAAUUGAGAAAACCCUGGAGAGCAUCAAGGACGCCGACAACACAGUGAUGCAGAUGCAGAUCAAGAGACAGAGAGAGUUCUGGCAUCUACUGAAGAUCGCCUGCGCUCAGAACUCUUCUCGGAGCUCAAUAGCAGCCAGUCCAGAGUCGUCCAACCUGCUGCAGGUCUCUCAGUGGUCCCAGUCUGCACAGCCCGUCAGCUCCCCCCAUCCCCUCACCUCCCUACCCGGGCCGAAUGACAGCGACGCAGCGCCUCGUCUGCUGCAGGAGAACCAGAAGUACCUCAGUCAGCUGACCAGCCUGAUGCAGGAGGCCACCGAUGAUCAGGCCAAAAGCAUAGUGGACCAAGACUGGAGCUGGACCCAAUACGAAACUUUAACGACAAAAUUAAAAAAGAGAAAUGCGUAAGCGUUUUGUCGCGUCCUCCCAUCCCCGCCUGUGCUCCGUGUCACACUACAGACUGUAAGCUCGAACACCAGCAGUCAAAAAACUACUACUAACCCGCACAUGCUCGGUCCGUCCACUCCCGUCGUCUCUUUGGUGGAUUCUUGUUUUUAUAUGAAAGAACAAUGAAGCUGUGUGCUCUACUUUUUUUCUUUUGCUGCACAAUAUACAUCAUAAUGCAUACAAAAUCUGAUGAUAUACAUUUUUACUGUCAUUGCAAAAAAAAGCAACCUGUAGCACCGGAUUAGAGCAUUUUGAGGAGGAUCUAUCACAUGAGAGCGCUGGACAGAAAACAUGAGAGCGAGUUUAAUUGUGUGACAUACAAGGAAGACACAGGACGUGGUUGCAGUAGGAGGGGGGGGGGUGGGGGUCAAGGAGAACAUUACAAUCACGCAAACAGCACUUUGAUACUCCCAUGCAUCCUCCUGCAAAGAGAGGAAACGUUUCCAGGCUGCCAAAAACGAUUUACAAACUGUUGUUAAUGUCAUAAUCACUAUGAUAUAUUUGACUCAGUCUGGGUUUUACACUCUGUAAAUGUUAUUUUGAGUAUUAUUUUAAAUGUUCUGUGUUAUAGGCAGAAGUCUUUAGUCAUGCUAUAUAUGACAGACGUGGCUGGCCAUCAUGUUUAUACACUGUUCAUACUGUACAGCUGCCUCUUCAAAUGUCUGCCGGAUGAAUGUGUCAUGUCUCAUUUAGGUUCACAUUUUAUUUCACUGGAUUAUAACGCUGCGUUCAUGGCACAGUUCAAAGUGAUUUGUUUCCACUGGAAAGUAGUUAAUAGUUUAAGCAAACUCAAUAAAUCUGUGAAAAGAAAAUUCUUAUUACUGCAUUCAGAAAGGGCCAAACACCGCCAAGCUCAGUGUCCUGAAUAAGGAUAUAUGGUUUUAUGUUUUUCUAAUUUUCAGUGUUUCCAAUUAGGUUUGCAGAAAUAAAAAAUGGGACAGAAACACACUGAAUUAAUUUGUGAUUGAAAGAAAAACAAAUCAAAAAAGUAAUUUAAUAAUAAAUAAAUACAUUCACCAAUGUGAGGAUUUGUUGCUUCAUGUCUUACAAAGAACUAAAUAUCCUUAAUUGUUGACUUCAGUCAUAAGAAGACAUUAUUAGGAAAAGUUAAGUAGACUACUUUCAGAUAAUUCAUAUUAUUGUUUUACUGUAGAAAAUGUCAGAAAAUGCAUUAGGGAAGUUACAUUCGGCAUUUAUCGCUUGAAAAAUCCCUGAAAUAAUCAAUCAGUUUACAAAAGGGUCCAUUAAUCUACGAAUAAAGUUGUGCUUUAACACUGGACUGUUUGAUCUAUGACUGGAGCGCAGUGUUAUACAACAAGGUGUGACACCGUGUGGAGUCCAUGAAACAAUGGAGAUUAGUCGACCUUUGACCCACAGUGAGAUCAGAGUGAGUGGCUGGAAGCCCGGAUAGUAAAUAGUUGAAUGUACUGCCGUCAGGUGGUAACCUCGGGCCACACACAAGUAACCCCUCUGACUUGUAUUUAUGAUGUGGAUAAAUAUAUUUUCCUGGUAUUUAAGUAACACAUUUAUUUUUUUCAAUUUAAUUAUUUGUUUCCAUCUUUAAAUGUUUCAUUUUUAGAAAUGUCAUUGUAUAAAGAUCAACCGUUAGCCUGGUAAUAAAAUAAAAUGACUUUGGCAUGAA